AGAAAUACAGCAGAUUCCAUCUGAAUUCACAACGGUCUUAAGGAAAGAGCUUAACUGAACCCAUCAUGGGGGACAAUAAGCUCUGCCUUUUGCUGCUUCUGUGUGCAAUAGCUGUGGCAAAUGCUCAAGACGAGGAAUUUCCAUGCCUUUUGGCCAAAAGGUACAAGAGCUUUCACAAGUAUGAAUACACCUACGAAACAGAGUCUCUAAAUUCCCUGAAUGGAGCAAUCAAUGGUCCCAAGGCCAGUUGCAAGGUUGAGAUUGAGGUCCCUCGCACAUGUAGCUACAUCGUGCGCACCACAGAGUGCAAAUUGAGUGAGGCGAUCGAUGUUGAUGCUAAAGGAAGUCCUAUCUUUGGGCCAUCUGCUGGUGCAGAUGCUUUCAAGGCUGCCAUGGAGAAGAACCCACUGAAGUUCACCGUUGAGGGAGACGAUGACAUCAAGUUGUUUCCAGAGGAUGAUGAACCAGUCAACAUUUUAAACAUCAAAAGGGGUCUAAUCUCUGCCCUUGCAGUGCCUGUGCUGGAGGAGGACAGAAACAGGAGAAUGCCCACCAUCUACGGUGUGUGCAAGACGGGCUACUCCGUGAACGCAAGAGAGGACAUUGCCACUGAUGUCACCCUCAACAGAGAAUUGUCUAAAUGUGACAAUUUCAGGCCUGUCAAGGACCACACUAGUCCCCUGGCCCUUAUCACAGGCAUGCACUACCCACUUGCUCAGCUCAUCAGGAGCAGCCAGACCUGCAACUACAAGUUUGAUAAUGCACAGAAGCAUAUGACAUCUGCUUCCUGCACUGAAAACCACAUGCUUGUGCCUUUUUCUUACAAAGGACAGUAUGGAGUUACUAAUGUAGGAAAGCAAGUCUUGACUCUGGUGGGAGUGUCUGUGCACAACGACAGAAUCUUUGAACAUGAUGUAGCCAACAUGAAGACCCUGCACCUCGACGGCAGCAUUGGCACAGUCCAUCCGAUUCAGGAUAAAGAGGCCAUGCUGUCUGUUCUAAGGGAACUGGCUGGCCUUUCUGAGACCAACAAAGGACAUAACAGAGCCCACCUGGCUCACAAGCUUAUCGCUACAGUGCGCAAAAUGAAUGCUGAAAGCCUGAGCGCUGGUCUACCUGAGGCCCUGGAGAUUUCUCGCCCCUUGGUGUACCAGGCGUUGUUCCAGUGUGGCACACCAGAAUGCACCAGCGCCAUCUUGCGGGUUCUCAGGACCUUUGACAGUUCCUCAGUAGAAAUUGAUGCUGCAGUGUAUGCCAUGGGAAUGGUGCCCAACCCAUCUGGAGACCUUGUCAAGGAAAUCCUAGAGAUGGCCAAGUUCAAGGCUAGUAAGCCCAUUUACUAUGGCCUCAGCAAUGCUGUCAGGAGGCUCUAUAAAGUUGAAGGAAGUGUCACCCCAGAGAUCCAGGCAGUCGCUGAUUAUGCCCUUGAACAGAUUGGCGACUGCUCAGGGAACCAGGAACAUGUGUACUUGUCCCUGAGGAUCAUUGGAAACAUGGCUGUUGCCGUCGGAGCCGCAAGCCCUGCUCUGAAAUCAGCGUUUAUCCAAUGCGUAAACCAACCUGCUGCAUCCCCUGAGGUCCAGCAAGCUGCUAUUCAAGCUUUUAGACUCACUUCUGUCCCUGACGAGGGCAGAGAGGUGCUAAUGAAGGUCAUUUUUGAUGCUGCUGCUCCGAUACCGAAGCGUAUUGCUGCCUAUCUCAUUGUGAUGAAGGACCCUCAGCCCUCUGAACUGGCUCAGCUGGUUGCUGCUCUGCCUAAAAGUGAAAACUGUCAGGCUAUGAGCUUUGUUAACUCUCAUAUCAGCAACAUCCUGAGCUCCACAGCACCAGAGACUAAGGAACUUAGAGAAAAGAUUCUAAAUGCCCUCCAAGGAAACGAGAUCAGAUCUGUCACAGAUCCAACUAAAUACUCUCGCAAUUACAAGAUUGGAUCUCUAGAGGGAAAUGUGAUCUUCGAGUCUGAAGAACUUCUGCCCAAUGAAGUCAUCCUGGAGAUGACCAUGAAUGCUUUCGGAAAUGACAUAGACAUGUUUGAGAUUGGAUUGAAUGGUAAGGGACUGGAACCCACUGUUGAUGCCCUGAUUGGUAUUGAUGGAUUCUUCCGUGACACCAUGCAGAAGACCAUUAACUAUGCAGCUGACAGCGUGUUCAGUGGCAAUGACAUUAUGCAGCGCAUGUUCCCAAGCCUAUGGAAUAACAUAAAGACACAAAAGGUCCCCGAGAACAUCAUCAAGGAAAUAAGCAAUAAUGUGAACAAGCUUAUCCAGAAACUGAAGGUUCAGGAUAAUCCAGAGGCUAUGAUCUACCUGAGGCUUCUUGGUGCUGAACUGGGUUAUCUCAAAACCAAGGAUAUGGAAAACAUGGCCAACUCUGCUACUUUUCUGACUGAUAGACUCUUAAAUAUGUUCCCUACUGAUUUCAUAAGGACCCUUUUCUCAAGUGUAAACAACAACCUUUUCCUUCACUACGUCUUCAUGGACAAUGAGUUUUAUCUACCUACUGGUACCGGAGUUCCAUUAAGAAUUGCCCUAUCUGGUACUUUUACUCCAGGAAUGAAGGGAGGACUGAAAAUGGCCCGUGACAUGAGCGAGAUGGCUUUCAUGCCAUCUGCUGGAGUUGAGUUUGUGACUGAAGUUGGGGCUCUCUUACCUGAAUAUGUCGAGUCUGGCCUGGAGAUGCAUACUAACAUCUACCAUGAGAGCGGUCUGAGUGUAAAGGUUGCUGUAACCAACAAGCAGUUCAAGCUGACCAUUCCCACACCCCAAGCUCCAACAACACUCAUCAGUGUGACCAACUCUUUGUUCUCAGUGACUGGUACUGAAACCAAGACCAUUCCACCCAUGAUGGAACAUGUGAAAGCAAAGAAAUGCACUCCUUUCUUCCCUGGUUUUAAGUACUGCAGUGCCCUGCAGUAUUCUAAUGCCUUUUCCAGUGAUGCCACUCCCUAUUUCCCCUUGACUGGUGACAGCAAAUUUGCCAUUGAGAUCCACCCAACUGGCGAGGUUUCUGCAUACACAGCUACUGUCGACUAUGUAUAUGAAAACAAGGUUGAUACAGUGACUUUUGGUCUGAAGGCAGAAGGAAUAUCUUUUGAGGGCUCAGCCAAACUGAUGUUCGACAGACAGAAAUACAGCGUCUCGGCUGAUCUCCAAGUUCCUGACUACGACCUGGAAGCUGGAAUUCGGGUUCAUGCUGUUGACCGCGAAACUCAGAGCAGGGCCACACAUUCCAUCCAGAUUGACUUCAUUAACAAGAACAUACCUGAGGCAUCUCUUGUUGCCCUGGCUAAGACAGAUUCAAUGAAGGAUGCCAUGCUGCAGGUUCAGCUACUCGUUCCUCAUUUUCAGACUGAUGCUAAAGUAACUGCAAAACUUAAAAAUUAUGAGAUCCUUACAGUAGAGCUUGAGAGUGAUCUUAGGCUCCCUGAGAUGACGACUUCUAUUCAGAAAGUCAUUCUGAAAUACGAUGCGGAGAAGAUUGAGGCCGAGGUCAAUUCUAAUGUCAGCACUGAGAUUCACAACAUUAUUCCAAUUGAUGCCAUCAAAGCCACAGUCAAUGAUCUUCUUGACCAGCAGACUGGAACAUCUGGUAUGAAGAUCCGGGAUGUCUUGAUCCAAUCAGUUGAGGCCUCAAAUGCCUACCUGGAAAAAUUUGCUGCUGACAUCCCAUAUGUCCAGGACUUUAGGAUUCCUGCCCUGCCAGAAUUCACUUUCCCUAAGAUGCUUUUCCUGAAUGCUGAGGGGGCUGCUAAAUACAAGUUUGGCCAGAAUUAUUACACUAUCUCUAUUCCCAUUCCUCUUGGUGGGAAAUCUCUUGGAGAUUUCAACUUCCCUGCUGCCCUGACCACACCAAACCUGGUAUUACAAGAGUUCGGCCUGGAGGUUGCUCCUAUUAGGAUUCCAGAGAUCUUUGUUCCUGAGAGUCUGACUGUGUCACUGCCUCUCAUGGGAAUUGCAGAGGUGUCCAGCAAGCUGAGCAGCAACUUCUACAACAUGGAGGCAACAGCUUCAGCUGGCAGGGAACUUGAUGAGAAACCAAGCUAUUCUGCCAAGAUUGAAGUCAUUGGAACAAGCCCAAUGGAUCUCCUCUCCUUUAAAGUAGAAGGAUCAGCUUUAGCAGCAGGCACACCCAGAGAAUCUUUGAGGGUUGAGAUUAAAUCAUCUCUUGAUCACAAGCUCAUUGACGCCAGUGUUACUUAUUUUGAGGAAAUGACAAUUGCUGAAAAGAUCAAGAUGAAAUCAAGCAGCAAGAUUGAGGCAAACAGUCCCUUGGGUCUGAAGAUUUCUCUGGAACACACAGGCCAGGUUGGAUUUGAUGAGGAUGAGAUCUCUGGAGAUGGAAACCUGAUGGGCUCUGUCAAGGCUGGUCCUCUGAAUGGUGAAGUUGCUAUCAGGCAGUCACUUAUCCUACUCCCAUUCAAGCCAGAGGCGAAAAUUGAUUCCUUUCUGAAAGUAGACUCAGACCAUUUCCAAGCAGAGAACACGAUUGAAGCAGCGUUUGCCAAUGGAGAGCUCUCUGUCAUAUCAAAAACAACUGCAUUUGAGGGCGUACUGAUGCAUGACGCUGAAGUUACAUAUAAAGGGUCUCAGCUUGCGCUGAAGUCAGAUACAAGGGCAAAGGCUCUCGGUCUGAACAUCCGAAAUGUAGCUGAGGCUAGUGCUAGUCUUGAUUUGGUUAACAUUAAGAUUGACUCUAGUGCUGACACUGCUGGAAAUAUCCUCCGUUCCCAGUUUAUAGCAGCACUAGAUGGCAAUGGGCUGGAUGUAAAAGGUGAUGCCUCCGCAUAUCUGGUUGAACACACAGCUUCCCAUAAUUGCAGCCUAUCAUUGACUAGGGAUGGCCUGACCACGAGUGGCACAACCUUACUGAAAUGCCCUCGCAUGCCUUUGUCACUUGAGAACAACUUCAAUGGAGCCCUCGACACUUCAAAGCUUUCCUUGUCGGUUGAGACGAAGGCUAAAUUUGUUGAACUAACAAUUGAAAAUACAAAUUCUCUGUCUGCUUCCCUGUCCUCAUUAGCUUUCACCUCUAACGCUAUUAGCAAUGAUGGAACAUAUAAGCAUGAUUUCUCCCUUCAGAUUGAGCCAUUUAGAACUUCUGUGAAAAUCAAUAAUGAACUGAAUGUUCUGGAUAUCAUCCUGAUUAAUGAUGCUCAGUUUAAGGCACUUCCAUACACAGCUGAACUGAUUGGCAGUUCGAAGCUUGCCUCUGGCACAGAUGAGCUGAAGCACACGUAUGAGAUCAGAUAUGAAGAUCUAGUUGCCACCGCCAAAUGUGGUACUACUGGAAAACUCAUGGGAUCUCACAUGAGACACAACACAGAAAUCGAGGUUGCUGGACUUUCAGUCACAUUCGGCAGCGAUGCCCGUUUCAACUCUCAGUACCUACGCUUUGACGGUAACUUUCACGCCACUGCUGUUCCCUUCAGAUUCAAUGUUGAUGCCAUGGCCAAUACAGACGGUGAUUUGUAUCUGUAUGGAAAACAGAGCGCACAAGCUUACACUAAAUUUCUUAUGAAGGUAGAACCACUUGCUUUCGCACACUCGCACGAAUGCAGAGUCUCAACAACUCACAAUCUGGACAAUGGUCUAUCAAUUGAAACCAACCUUGAUAAUAAGAUUGACACUGUCCUGACCCCAUCUGAGCAGAAGGCAACAGUGAGAGUAAAAUCUAAGGUUAACAACCAUAUCUUCAGCCAAGAAGUGAGUGCUUACAAUACCCCUGAAAGACUUGGAUUAGAAUUGUCUGGAUCAAUGAUGACAAACCUCUUCAACAGAGUUGACUCCGACAACCAAGACCACUUUUUCUCAGCCUUCCUAAAAUAUGAUAAAAACACUAACAGUCGUGUCUUCAGCCUUCCAUUAAUUGAGCAUUUUCCUGUGGACUUGCAACACAUGAAAAUUACAAUUUUGAGGGCGGCUGAAGCCAUGCAGUAUUAUAUCAACAGAGAAGAUAUUAUUGCAGAGAUUGAGUACUUGGCCAAGUACAUUAGUGAUUUUGUGAAGGAGCUAAAUCUGGAGAGGAGAAUUGUUAAGAUCAGCGAGGACCUGAUUGCUCUCUACGACAAGUAUGGAGUUACUCUGGAUGACCUGGAGGCCUCUCUGAUUAAUCUAAACCCUGUUGUGAUGAAGCUACUCACUGAACUGGACACUCGUGUAGAGGAGAUAGGAAAAUAUGUGAGGGAAAUGAUUGCAAGUGGCACACUAUCUGACACUGCAAUACAGAGACUAACAGAAGUAUUGAAUGCAUUCAAUGAGAAAUAUGAUGUAAAAACCAUGGUUUUUGCUGUCAUUGAGGCUAUUGAAACUUUAAUUGAGCAGAUUGAUGUAUUGAGACUGAAGGGCAGUAGCAUUGCCAUCUUGCAAGAUCUUGAGGAACAGUAUGCUAUUAAAUCCAAACUGGAGGAGAUUGUGGGUGAACUGAAACAGUUUGCUGACUUUGACUUUGACAUUGAGGAUGUGAAAAACUUUGUUACCUCUGCCAGCUUCCGAGACUAUGCAAACAAUUUGGUGGCUCAAAUCCCUACAGAGGAAAUCAGCAAGACUGUUGAAAAAGCAAAACAAUUGCUUACUGUACUAGGAAGCAGGUUGAAUACCAUCUACAGCAACAUGAGAGAAUUUCUGGUGAAAUCUGGGCUUGACAAGAAGAUUGAAGAAAUUCUGAAAAAGGUUGUUGAGCUAAUCAAAAAGUUAAAUAUAGAACAAACUGUUGAGGGUCUUGCUAGCACUUUGAAAUCUAUUCUGAUCCCUGUCAUAGAGCUCCUGGAUAAGGCCAUCACCUACUUGAAAACAACAGAGGUAAAGGAAAUCAUUGAGCAUUUGAACAACUGCCUAAACCAUUGCAUCGGCUAUAUUAGAUCAUUUGACUACAAUGCGUUUGUGGAUGAGGCCAACCAAAAAAUCAAGGAAUUAAUAAAGGAUCUUUACACCAUGAGUUUGUCACUUGAGAUUCGGCAAAAGCUUGAGGCAAUCAGAGAAUUUGUCAGUUAUGCUCUGUCAUCUCUUAGUGCUUGCCUUGAGGAGCUGAGAGCAGUCAAAGUUGCAGAUGUGGUCAAAAAACUCAAGGACAUUGUUGAUAGCACAGUCUACAUUGACAUUAAGGCACUUACAGAAAGCCUCAGGAAGAGAAUUAUGGACAUGGAUAUCAGAGAAGAUAUCCUUCAGGCCCUGAGGCAAGUGACUGGUAUCUACACUUAUGUAGUGGCCAUUGCAACAGACGUAUGCAGUGCUGUUAUGGAAGAAAUCCAAGAUAUCCUUGAAGAUCAGGAAAUUGUCAAUGAGUUAAAGCAAAUCUGUGAGGGAGUCAAAACAAAACUGAGAACAACUGAAUUUGAGAUCCCAUCUUUCACUUUUCCACUCACUGACCUUGUUGUACCCCCCUUAACAAUAAAUUUAGAGAAGCUUCUGGAAAUCAACCUCCCUUCUACAUUAAUUGACCUUCCAGAGUUUACUAUUCUGCAAUAUUGGACUGUGCCACCAAUCAGAAUGGAGUAUGAUGAUAUCAGACAGGGACUAUUAGACCUAUUGAACUUCAUUGCCAACUAUGAAGUGCCAUCUGCUGAUGCCAUCUUUGGCGACCUUAGAAUGAUCUACCUGCCAGACAUCUCUGCCAUCACACUGCCAGAGAUACGUUUUCCAGAGAUCUCCCUCCCUGAAAUUCCUAAAUACAUUACUAAGCACAAAUUCUCAGAUCUAAAAAUCCCAGAAUUCACACUCCCUGCAGUCCCUAAUGAGGUCAUGAUGCCCUGCUUUGGAAAGCUGCAUGGUGAGGUUAGGAUCACCAUUCCAAUUUUCAACAUGAGAACUACCAUGGAAUUCUUAAACUCUACUGAAAGUGCAGAAACCCCUCAAUUCACAGGGCUCAUUGCCUCACAUGGAUCAUCUGAAUAUGACAUCCUUAAAUAUAGCUUGGAUUCCACAGCUCGGGUUGCCAUCCCUAAGAUGAGUCGUGUGAUUGUUGCUGAAACCCUGAAGAUCACUCAUAGUAUCCUAGCUGUUGACCAUCAAGCCUCAGUGUCACUCUAUGGCUUCUCAGCCCAGGCUACGGCCAAGAGCACUGUGAAGGUAAGCGCUGGCCCCUUUAGUGCUGACAUUCAAAACACGGCUUUCUUUGCACUGGAGGAUGGAAUGUCUGCAAAUAUUAAAACAAUAUAUACUGAUAAGGUACGCAUUCCUGCGCUCUCAUGGAACGGUGACCAAACGUACACUAAUGAGUUCAUACUUAAGCAGGAUGGUUUAAAAAUCCUUCUGACCAUGGAAGAAGAAGCCAGGGGUCAAAUAUCUGUGACUGACACGUCUGAUUAUAUGAACAUAAAGAGUAUCUCAACUAUAAGUAUUACUCCAACAACAGCCCGGUUAACCAUAUCUACAGAUGGCAACAGUGGAAUUUCAAAAAUAAAACAGAGAAUAAAUGCUGAAGGUGUUGCCCUGAGCUACAUCGACUUUAAUGCCCGCAUUGAAGGUGGUACUGCUAAUGAGGGCACUUACUUGCUGGUUGCUUCUGGAAAGGCUAAUCUCAGAGAAAUGAAGGUAGAGAUGAAGGCAGACUAUGACACAAAGUUUGAUGGAUUGCUCAGUGGUGCCUUUUCCAGUGCAUUCAACAUCUUAGUGCAUCCCUUUGAGGUGGUCCUUGAUUUCCAGAACAAGGGUAAUACUAAGCUCAGCUUCAUAGAACAAUCUGCCAAGUUUGAUCUCCAGAAUGAUUAUACUGUCAUCAUAAAUAAGGACAUGCAGAAGUUGAGCACUGUGGCACUUGCACGCUUCAACCAAUACAGAUACAGUCACAAUUUUACAGUUGCCAACAACAGAGAUGAGGCUGGCAUUUACACAGCAGUAAAUGGAGAGGCCAAUUUGGAAUUCUUAACUGUCCCAUUCAGUAUUCCACCUAUCCAGUUUUCAACCAUAACUAUGAUUAUUGACACUCCAGAAAUUAGCAACAUCAACCUAUAUGAACAUACUGGCCUUAAGCAUCUGUUGACCAACUUUGACCAGGUCAUUGAUCUCGAUGCAAAGAUUGUCUAUCAGAAGAGCAAAGCUGCACCCAUUUUUGAUCUCGGCCUCAUUAAUGUCUCUCCUCUGGGCGAUUUAAAAUCAGAGGUUUCUUUCAAGUCCUCUAUAUUCAGCCUUAAUGCUAAUGCUGGAAUCUAUGGGAAGGAUAACCCGGUAAUUCGAUUUGGAGCCAUUACUGCCUCUGAGUUUGAGGGACUAAAGGCAAAGCUUGUAGGUACCAGCAGCCUGAGCACUAAAAGUGGAUUAAAAUUAGCCACUUCUGUACUCCUGGAAAAUCACCACAUUGAAGGAACCCAUGAAAGCACUGUAACUAUGAACCCAGAUAACUUUGAAGCUGCACUGUCUGUGACUACAGCUGCAAAUGUUAACCUACCUAUUCUUACAGCUAAAGCAAACCACCAACUUACUGCUGACAACAAGGCCCACCCAAAAGCGGAUUCCACUUUUGCGAUAGAGUACACCUUUGACAUUCCCAUUAUUAAGUUUGUUGGUAGGGGAAAUGCCGAAAACACCUUAAAAGGUGAAGGAACUUCUACGUUUAUCUCCGCUGAGACUCUCAUAAAGGGUACCAUUGAUGGAACAUUCCUAGACCGUGGUAUUGUGAAGGGAUCUCUGAAUUAUGAUGAAUCCAUCUAUAUGAAUGGCAAUAGUUUGCGAUAUGCUCUUAAGACUGUUGGCGAUGGCAACAUGAAUUAUGGAGAUCUAAAGGUGGCAUUUGAUGUGGAUGAAAACCUGUCUGUGGAGACAGCUAUUGAACAUGUUUAUGCUAUGCUGAAAAUUUCUUCCAAGAACGAAGCAAAUAUCGGAGGUUUUACUACAAAGGGAGUUCAUACUGGCCAGGCCACAGUUGAUCUGGAUCUUCGGAAGUCACUGGUGGCUGAUGUGAAAAUUGACUUAUCUCAACCAAGCACCUUUGGUGACCUUAGCAUCUCUGAGAUGGUGGUAGUGGAACUCAGUGUACCCAAGCAGAAAAUUGAUUACACAUCAAAAAUAAUCUCUCCAGUGUACACCACAGAUGUUGUUGCUAAACUAGAUGGUAGUGCCCCAGACUACAAAGCUGUUCUCAAGGCUAAAACCACGUCACCAGUUGUGUUUCUGGAAUACGAUCUUGAUAGCUCUAUGAGUACUACAAUGGAGAACGAUGCCCUGGUUGUAGGAGCUACUGCUGUAUUUACUCAUGCUGACCUUACUAUGGACAUCAGUAAUGUAAUUCGCAUGGGUGAUCCUAGCCAUACCCUGAAUGUGGACAUCACCAGCCCAACAUUCACUGAUGUAAACCUUCGCUAUGCUGCUAGAAGAGAUGGUAUAAGUGCCUCGGUCUCCACACCGACAACUGGCCACCUUGGCUUCCAGCUUCAAGGAAUGAUUCCAUCCCAGAUGAAUGCGAGGAUCUACAGCCGUUAUGCAUCUGCACCACAGGAUGAUGUUGACCUUCUGAUCAUCAGAGCUGCAUCAAAGGGAGAUGAAAAAGUACUUUUGGUCAGCUACAAUUUACAGGCUGCACGUGAUGUGUCCACAGGCUUGAUGAACAGGCUACCAGAUAUCUCAUCCAGCGUUGCAGGAUUUGCUGAAAAAUAUGGCAUCAUUAUUGCACGUGAAAGACUUUUUAAGAUUCUCAGAGAAGUUGAAAUAAUCUAUGCAGAUGCCCUCUUGCCCAGCCCAGAGCUCAGUGAGCUAUCUAUCCUGUUCAGAAAUGUAGUUGUUUCGUACCAAAAGAGCAUCCAGGUCCUGAUUGAUGCUGUCAUCGACUCCCUGAGAGAGACCAAAUACAAACUGCCUGGAAUGGAUGAAGCUACACUACCUGAAAUCUGCACGAAAAUCAAAUCUAUAAUUGCAGAAAUGUUGGAGAAACUUGCUAACAACCUGGAGGUAUAUUUCUCUCCCAUCAUGGAGGACUUCAACACAGUUGAAAUGGUGUUUCCCACUGGGAAGGUCAUCACUGUAGCCGAGUUUCAAGAAAAUGUGAGAAGUACGCUGAAAAGUCUCCUAGCUAUGGUGGCAGAUGUGAUGAAGCAAGUGGAAAGCCUUGAUGUCUUUCUUGAGAAACUAGGACAGAUAAUCCAAGAGGUUGUUGAUAAAGCACAAGAAUUUGUGGGCAGCAUCAAGUCCAACAUCUUAGAAGCUGUUGCUGCUCCCCUUAACACUUUCUACAAGAAGUUGCUGAAGUCUUUAGAUGACCUUGAAGGGCUCGUUAUAUUCGGCAUUAUGUUCCCCUUAGGUCAAUUACUUACCCACAUUUCUACUAAAUUUGAGGAAGUGCUUAAUGCAAAUAAUGGAAUACAGCAAAUUGAGCUUCCUUUCCCUUUUUUCCAGUAAAAUUGUUAUUCUGAACACACAGUGAAUGAAAUAAACACUACCAUCUUUUGAAAUGAACAUUCUUAAAUGGACAUUCAAGCCAUUGGACACUUAACUGAAGUGCAGUACCAACAUGUUUAAAAAGCAAUCACUGAUGCCAUACAUGCCUCAUCAUUAUGCUGUUGUAUUAUUCUAUUUGUAUAAAUGAUGCUUCAAAUAUCAACCAAGGUAUAAAGUACAAAAAUGUCAAUUGUGACAUAUAGUUUCGUCCUGUUCUGUAUCUUACAUUAAUGGCAUGAUGGAUGAGGCUAAAUAAAUAAUUUUUAUUAUGCAA